CAUGACCUGAGCCAAAGUCAGAUGCUUAACUGACUGAGCCACCCAGGCGCCCCAUGUCCAAGGAUGAUUUUAAUGCACAUUUUUUUGAAAGCCUCUCCUAAUGAUUAUAUUAAAGUGUGCCUCUUGUAAACAGCAUAUUGUUGGUUGCAGCUUCAUGCCUUCCACAGUCCCUGUGGCUGUCACCAUUCUCUGGCAGUCUGUGGCAGCCCUGUGGCUGCUGUAAGCGGCCCUGUGUGCUUCCCAUGAUUCCUUAUGCCUCCCACAAUCCCACAUCUCCCUCAAAACAUUGAUCUUUUUAAAGGGAUCCAGUCUGAGAAUAUUUGUCUUUUAAUUAGUGUUCACUACAUUUUCGUUUAAUGUAAUUACUGAUGUAUUUGUGUUUAAGGCUAAUACUGAUGUAUUUGUGUGUGUAGCCUUGUAGUUUGUUUUCUACUUACUCCCAUCUGUUCUUUGUUCCUUUAUUUCUCCUUGUUUACCUUCUUCUGGAUAAAUCAAGUACUUUUUCUUUAUUAUCUUGUUAAUUAUACAUUAUUUUUAUUAUCCUUUUAGUGGUCACUCCAGGAUAUUUACCCAUAGCAUUAUGUAAUUAUCUCCUUUCUUCCUUCUGCAAUCUUCCUUCUAUAGUUACUACUCUUACUACUUUCUGAACAAGAUAAGGCCCCAUAGUGAUUUAACUCCCAUUUAUUGUCAUUAUUAGGUAUUAUAUUUAUAGUUAUCCCUCUGGGACUCUUGAUUUCUUGAUUUUCCUUUCCAUCUCUUUCCAUUUUCCUCCACCUGAAGAACCAUUAGUAUUUCUUUGAGUGCAGGUCAACACUUUACUCCCAGCCUGAAUUAUUUUUUCAGUAGCUCCAAUUCUUGCUAGGUCACAAUAACAUAAUUUAAAUUUUUUUCUGAGGUUAAGUACGUUUGGGGAAUCAUAGUCUCCGUGGAGAGAAUAUCUUCUAGGAUUCAUUUUAAGGAAAUAAUUAGAGACCUCUAUUGAAUCUUUAAUUUAACAUACAGUAGUAUUAUAUGAGAACUCUACUAUAAUGUUAAAUUAGUGAGAAUCCCAAUUCUGACAUCAUAGUGAAAAAUUAAGAUUCAUAUAAAUGAAAAUAAACGGGUUAGUAAAUAAGGUACAACAUAUUUAUACCACAUUAUGUUAUCAAUCCAACAAAAGUGAUUUUAUAAGUAAAUGAAUGCAGAUAGAUAAUCAGACAUGUCUGUAUAAGGAAACAUUUGAAGAAAUAUAUACUAACUGUAAAUUUUUAUUGUUUCUAGGAGGUAGGGUGACAUGGUGGGUAGAUGUGGGGAUGAGGACUUCCAAUUCUUUUAACUUUUAUAAAAAGGAAAAAAAUUCACUGAGGGUAGAAAUACUGGACAUUAUUUGGUAAGUUUCUUUGAUGAUUACAAAUCAUAUAAAGUUCCUGUUUUAUCAAAUCAAAACAAAUAUUAAAAUAUUUGCAAGAUAUUCAGGUCUCAUUGGCUGAGAGGAAAAGGACAGUCAGCCAGUUGAAACCUAGACUCCUUUAGGAUGUGCAGCUAAAAAAAUGUCUUUUAAGAACACUGCCUACCAAAAGCUGCCUCACCUGUUUACAGUAGAAAUGUGUGUAGAACACUUUUUUUUGCACAAAAUAUUAGAGUCUGUAUUGAAGUGUUUGAGGUUUGAUAGAAUUGAUGCUUGACAGUAUCCAGCCCUGUCUAGGGCAAAUUUUUUCUUUUAAGACCCAACUCAUGUUCCUUUCCUUCCUUUCUUGAAGCCUUUACUCACGUCCCAUAUUUCCUUGUAGUAAGAAGUGUUUUAGAAAUGGAAGCAUGUAAGAACAAGCUGAUGUAUGUAACUGAUGUUUCUUGGAGGCAUACUUCUGCUUCCUGUAUAGCUUCCUUAACAUUGUUGUCCAUUACUGGGGCACUAGCCCAGUAUCGACUCAUUUUUUCCAUUAAAAAUAUUUGCAUAAAAGCAUUGAUGUACUUAAAUACAUCUUCAGUAGGACCAUUACACUGCAGAGUCACAUUAAUAGGAGUGAUGUUCAUAUCUGAUGACCACUAAGGCAAGGGCACACACCAGAACUUACCCUAGAUGGGAUACUGGAGGCCACUGGAGUGCUGGGUAUUCCCCUUCAGUUGCUGGGCUGUGGGGAGAUCUGGGAUUGUCACCACAGGGCUCAGUGCAGUAGCUGUUUACCAACCAACGUGACAGUAUUUCAGUAUUUAACAGAUCAAUUCAGCUCUUCACAUGUGUACCAUUGAGUGUAUCUAUGUAUCAUCCCAGUUAAAAAGUCGGUUUUGCUCUGUGACACACCAAACCAGCUGAGCAUAUAGUAAACCAUAUGCAAGCCCUGGUAAGUCUGGAGUAGAUUUACCUCGUUAGAAAGAAUAUCCAUUUUGAGUUUUUAGGAAGCAGACCAGGUCUUAUUCCAUGUGAUAAAGAUCCUUAAUUCAACGUAGUAUUAUUAGUUGAGAACUACACUGUAACAUUUGAAAAACUCUCGCUCAUUAGACAUGCACAACUGGGUAUGUUCCUCUAGUGAGAGCUGUAGGGGUUUUUCACAGCACUUCACUAUCGCAUCUGAAAUACUAUUUAACAGUGCUUAAAAUUAGUAUUAUUUUGUUUCUGUAAAGAGAAGUCACCAUCUUUGAAACUCACUGGGGUUAUCAAGAGCUGUUAGAUAAUCUUUUAUGACCCCAGUUGUUCUGUUAUGGCAUACAUUUCUUUAAGUUAUUUUUUGCAAAAUCACUACAGAACUUAUUUAAUGUAUUUAUUACCUACAUGUUUAAUUUUAAGAAAUCAAUAUUAUGAACAUCAAAUUCAUAUAUAUAUGUUACUCUGUUGACAUACCUGGAACAUUGGCCAUUCCAUUAAAGAGUUUGGAAAAUGUAGGUUUAGACCACAUACAACUUAGAGGGCUUAACUCAUGUUCCUGUCUCUUCCUUAAAGUCUUCUUUCACUGUCCUAGUCUAUCCUGAUUUUCCAUAUUGAGAAAUGCAUUAGCAUUUAGUAUGAAUAACAUAUUUUGGUCGUUUAUAGUGUUCUGUUAUUGCCCAUUUUUGUGCUAUUAAUCUUUUCACCAUCAGUAGAGACUAUAGACUAUGCCAGAAAUUGUAUGCUUUCCAUGACAGAAUAUUAAAACCAAGCAAGAGAAAUCAUCUUAGCAAGUGUUUGACAUGUGUUGCACAGAACCCAAGAUAUGGCCUGAAAAUUUCACUCUAUGCACUAUUUCUCUCUAAAAGUACAAUUUAACUUUUCAAACUAUGCCAGUCUGACGUUAGGAACACUAGUUGAGCAUAAAAGAAUAUGUUUAUGUCAUUUCAGGAUUUGGUGACAUUUGGGGAUGUGGCCGUAGAUUUCUCCCAAGAGGAGUGGGAGUGGCUGAACCCUGCUCAGAGGAAUUUGUACAGGAAGGUGAUGUUGGAGAACUAUAGGAGCCUGGUAUCAUUGGGAGUUUCAGUUUCUAAGCCAGAUGUGAUCUCAUUAUUGGAACAAGGAAAAGAGCCCUGGAUGAUGAAGAAGGAGGGGACAAGAGGCACAUACCCUGAUUGGGAGUAUGCAUUUAAAAACAAUGAAUUUUCAUCAAAGCAAGUUAUUUAUGAAGAAUCAUCCAAAGUACUGACAAUGGGAAGAAGCCAUCUUAGUUAUAGCCUUGACUGCCCCAGUUUGAGAGAAGACUGUAGAUGUGAGGACUGGUUUAAGAACCAGUUAGGCAGUCAGGAGGUACAUUCUAGACAACUGAUCACCACUCAUGAAGAAAUCCUCACUGAAGAUAAAAGUAAUGAAUAUACUAAAUCUUGGCAAACUUUCCAUCAGGAUGCAAUAUUUGAUAUAAAACAGAAUUUUCCCACCAAAGAAAGAGUACAUAAGCAUGAGCCACAAAAGAGAAACUACCGAAAAAAAUCUGUUGAAAUGAAACAUAAGAAAGUCUGUGUACAAAAGAAACUUUUGAAAUGUAAUGAAUGUGAGAAAGUUUUCAACCAGAGCUCAUCUCUUACUCUUCAUCAGAGAAUUCAUACUGGAGAGAAACCCUAUGCAUGUGUUGAAUGUGGGAAAACCUUCAGCCAGAGUGCAAACCUAGCUCAACAUAAGAGAAUACAUACUGGGGAGAAACCUUAUGAAUGUAAAGAAUGUAGGAAAGCCUUCAGCCAGAAUGCACACCUUGCUCAACAUCAGAGAGUUCAUACUGGAGAGAGACCUUAUCAGUGUAAAGAAUGUAAAAAAGCCUUCAGCCAGAUUGCACACCUGGCUCAACAUCAGAGAGUUCAUACUGGAGAGAGACCUUUUGAAUGUAUUGAAUGUGGAAAGGCCUUUAGUAAUGGUUCAUUUCUUGCUCAGCAUCAGAGAAUUCAUACAGGAGAGAAACCUUAUGUAUGUAAUGUGUGUGGGAAAGCCUUUAGCCAUCGUGGAUACCUAAUAGUACAUCAGAGAAUUCAUACCGGAGAGAGACCUUAUGAAUGUAAGGAAUGUAGGAAAGCUUUCAGCCAAUAUGCACACCUUGCUCAACAUCAGAGAGUUCAUACUGGAGAAAAACCUUAUGAAUGUAAAGUAUGCAGGAAAGCAUUCAGCCAGAUUGCAUACCUUGAUCAACAUCAGAGGGUUCAUACUGGAGAGAAACCCUAUGAGUGUAUUGAAUGUGGGAAGGCCUUUAGCAAUAGUUCAUCACUUGCACAACAUCAGAGAAGUCAUACUGGAGAAAAACCUUAUAUGUGUAAGGAAUGUAGGAAAACAUUUAGCCAGAAUGCAGGCCUUGCUCAACAUAAGCGAAUUCAUACUGGAGAGAAACCUUAUGAAUGUAACAUUUGUGGGAAAGCCUUCAGCUACAGUGGAUCUCUUACUCUACAUCAAAGAAUUCAUACAGGAGAGAGACCCUAUGAAUGUAAAGAUUGCAGAAAAUCUUUCAGGCAGCGUGCCCACCUUGCCCAGCAUGAGAGAAUUCAUACCAUGGAGUCAUUCUUGACUCCUUCCUCUCCCUCACCCUCUAUGUCCAGUCAGUUGCCAAGAACUGUAGGUUUUAUCUCUUAAAAAUGCCUUGAACCAGACUCCUUUAAUCCAUUUCCCUUCAUUAUCUUUGUCCAAUACACAGUAAUCUAUUUCAUAUGGACUAUGGAAAUAACUUUCUGAUUGGUCUCCCUGUAUUUACCAUUUCCUUUGUCAGUUGCCUACACUGUAGUCAAACUUGUACUUUAAAAGUUUGACGAUAUCACUUCUCCUUCAUUGGUACUCCUAUUGGUAUCCCAUAGUUCUUAGGUUAAAGCACACAUUCCUCAAAAUAGCGUAAAAGACCCCCUGCCCCAGAUACCUUGUUCCAUUUAUACCUUACAAAGUACUGUUUUGUGUCAAAAUCCAUCUAAUUCUUUGGACAAUUAAGAACUCCUAUUCCAGCAUCAAACAGAUCUGGGUUCUAAUCCUUGCUCUUCCAUUUUCUAGCCCUCUAGUUUUAGAGAAACAUUUUGUCCUUUGUAAGGUUCAGUCUUAUUUAUAUUAUGGGAAUAAUAAUGGUACUACCUCAAAAGUUGAUGGGAGAAUUAAAUGAGAGAAUGCAUGUAAAUUGCUCAGAGUGCCUAGCAUAAAGUAAUCACUUAAUAAACAUUACUGUAAAAUGAA